GAUUUCUGGUGACUAUAAAAUGAGAUAGGAAGUUUGAAAAAAUCAUCAGACUCUUGUCAGCAUUCAUCAAAGGUUUAACUAGCUUCCAAGCCAAUUAACAUCAACAAAUAUGUUCAAAUUCGUCGCUUUCUUCUGCAUUAUUGCCAUCGCUAAGGCUGGAAUUCUUUCUCCAUCUCUGAGCAUUGCUGCUGCUCCAACUACUAUUGUUUCAGCACCUUCAGUGAAUGUUGUAAGAACUUUACCAAUUGGUUUGGGAGCAACAAUUGGAGCUCCAAUUGGUCUUACCAAUGGAUUGAUUUCUACUAAUGGCUUGGUUUCGGGUGGAUUAAUCUCAAACGGACUUGUUUCGGGUGGAAUCGUUUCAAAGGGAUUGAUUUCCGGUGGAUUGAUAUCUGGAGGACUUUUGAACAAUGGCUUGAUAUCUUCGGGAAAAUUGUUGAUCUAAAUUAAUAUGAUAAGGAGUCAAAGCAUUAUAAGUUCCUAGAUUUUUGAUAUUGCAGAAAAUAAAAAAAAAAAACAGUUGAAA